AUGGCUCUUAGAGGAUCCUGCGCAUCUUGUGGGAAAACUAUGAAAAAUGGGUUCGAUUUGGUUUUCAAUGGUUUCUGGUUAAGCAGCACUGAGAUUAGUCGUUGGAAAGAAAUAUGCUCUAAGAAAUUGUUCAGCCAAAGAAAACUUCAAUUGGUGCUUGAUUUAGAUCAUAAAUUGGUUCAAACACAAAACAUCCUUAAACUGACUCAGGAGGAGGAAUAUUUGAAGGGGCUUGCAGAUUCUCCGGAAAAUAUUUCAGAAAUAAUUUCACGCGAUGAUAUAAAAGAAAAACGAGUAAAGGGCCUGGAUUUGGAGCUGGCACAGGAGCGAGGCACACUUGUUCUUGAUGAUACUGAAACUUUGUGGACUGAGCAUAAAGACAGCUAG